UUAAUUAUUGAUUAACACAGUGCAGUACACUGGAAGGAAUGUUUGUGUUACUGAUUCAUGUUACUGGGUUUUAAGUUUACUACAGAUAUUGAAGAUAGCUGAAAAGGACAUGUGAGUGAAAGUCCUUUUAAUCAUCAGUAUCAAUGAAAAAGCAGAGUAUUGUUGCAUUUAUAAAGAAUGGGUUUGAUAAUAGCAUUGUAAUAUAAAUUCAAGGUGUGUACUUUCUUGGAAAAAUAUCUUCAACUGUACACUUUUCUCAGAAAACAGAAAUCGGAGUUCAGAAACAGGUGACAAUAUGACCAUAUUUGAAAACAUAAUAUAAGUAGAUCUGAGUAACUGAAAGUGAUUAUGAACAAAAUAAUGCAUAUAUAGGCAUGUAAAAUAAUAGCUGAAAAAUAUAUGAAAAGGACCCUGGAAAUACUCUAAUAAGUCUAUUAAACUGGAAGACCACAUGUUCUCUGUAGUGCUCAGUUAAGGUUGUAUGUAUUUGGCAGAAGACAAUAGUAUGCUCAAGAAAUUACUCAAAAAAAUUCCUUCAAUGUUUUAAGAAUAACAACCCACUAAUUAACUUUUUUCCCCACAGAGUUUUAAACCACUUACAGUAGUCCAUAUUAGGAGAUUAGUCCUUGACUAAUUGUAGGAUUUUUAAUAUUAUCUCAGAUACUUCGGAGUAUACCUUAUAUUUGCUCUUGUGCACCCAUCAUCAAAUAGUUGUUAGAGAAUAGUGAAGUGUCAAGCACCUAAGUUGGGGAACAUGCUUUUAGGGCUAGCCUAAUGGGCUAGCGGUUAGUUGCAAGAGAUUGUGCUUGAGAGUUCCUGUCCCUGCUCCACAAGUUAACUCAUUGUUCCUUUUUGUUACUGCUUUGUGCAAAACCAGUUCUGCUCUGGGUUCAAGGUGUGUAACACAAGCCUCUGAUCUCCUGGCUGCAUUAUAAACUGCUACACAAAAGACUGUCAUACUCACUUUUUUUCUCGUUUCUUUUUCCUAAAUAGCAUUUGAAUUAUUUUCAAUACAAAGUUUUCACUUCAACAAGAAAGUCAAGGACUGCUCUGGUGCAGAGUAACCUGUGGCAUCAUCAUUAAAACACUGUACUGUUCUUGCUCCAGGACUGUCAAGUUGCUAUAUGCUGACUUCACCACCAGAAGAGCAGUUUAUGAAUGAAAACAUGAAUUAAUGUAAUUUGAUCUUAGAUUUAGAAGCAUCAAACCACUGUUCCGAUCUGUAAAUGUCUGGAAAAGGCCACUACAGAAAGCAAUAAUCUACCUUUUGGACCAGGCCAGUUACUGGUAUUAACCUGUUUGAGAGUUGUGUUAUUGUGGUCUGGUUAGGAGAAUAUUUUUAUUAAUUUACUUUUUUCAGAAUAUGAUAUUUUUAAGACAAUUUUUGCCUAAACUGAGCAUACUUGAACUGUUUAAUAAGCCAAUUUCUCUCCCUUCUCAUGAGAAAUUUCUUGUGAUGGUAGUUAUAAAUGCAGCAGCCUAUGACAUUAUAAUUAAAAAAAAAACAAACAGAAAGCCCUUCUCAGAUUUGGAUUUUUCCAGUUCCUUUAUAAUAGAAGUAUUUAAAAAGCUGGAGUUAGAAAUUAAUCUGAAAAGUAUUACCUUCACAAGGAUGAAAAUAGAAUUAGUAUGCUUACACUUUUUCUCUAAAUAAUACAGACUCCCUGAAUUGGCUGCUAAUGACUGUUGAGGCCACCUGUUCCUUACAAAAAUAAGUAUCUAUUCCUAGAAGAAGCCUCAAAAAAGAACUUAAUUUUUUUAAACAAAAAAUUUUUACAAAGUUCUGAAGUUGAGGGUUUAAUUCUACCAUUUUCAUUCAACGGAGGGUUUAGCAGAGUCCUAGUGUAAGAUUAUAUAGUACUGAAACUGAAUGCAUAUUCACAGAACAAAGAAAUGGGAUAGCCCUUCCCACAGAACUAAGGAGCAACCUGAAAAUUUAUUUAUAAGUCAAUGUGUAAAAAAAAGGGGGUAUGUGCUUUCCAUGUUCAUUGAAUUCAAUUUUAGUAAACAUCAGAGAGAAACUGAGUUGGCUGGAUGAGGCUUGCACUGCAGUCUGUGCUUGAUCAGUGAAAAAGAAGAGUAACUGGUGUGUAGUACUUACUGGCAGAAGUUCUGUGGCCACCAGAAAAUCAUUUGACAGGUAACAAAGAUUGAGGAAGAGAGAAUAGGCUCUUGAAGAGGAUUCUUAACUCUCUGCUGGGUCCAUUGAUAAAAUCCCUAUGAAGUCUACUGUAUAUCGAACUCUUUGAUGAUCUCAGUUAAGUGAUUCUCUGUUGUCUAGUGAAAGCUCAGCAUGAGAUAAAGGUUCCUGGAGACUUCUAGGCCUGUGUUGAGGGAGCAGGAUUUCACUGCUGUUUUGGCCAGAGAGGUAAAAGUUCAGUGUCUUGAAUAUCAAAAGGAGUUAAUCAGACAAAACCUUUGAAGCUCCAGCUGAAAAACUGUCCAGGCUGUGCUUUUGAGUGGAGCUGAUGAAAGCCUUUUCAAGAAUGUCUUCUAGAUUACUGUAUAAAAAAAUAAAACAUCCUGGUGUGUUUCAAAUUAGAUUUGAAUGAGUUAUUAACAAUACCACUUCUCAUCCAUUUUUGGAAAAAUGCAGAAAAAUUCCCAUGUUAUUUCUUAAAUUAGUGUUUAUUACCAAUAGAUAUAGCUAGAAAGCUGUAUAUCUUUGUGGGGACAAUUCCUGAUGUAAAUGCAGUUCCUUAGAGCUUUUGUUGAAGAAAUUAACAGAGGAGGCUCCAGAGUGCAGGAAUGUAUUCUUCUGAAGCAAACAUAUUUCUUUUAAUUUGUUCUAACCUUUUCCUCACUUCAUUCCAUUUACAUUGACACUGACAUGUUAGAGCUCUGGAAAGUAAUUACUUGAUAUGAAAACCUAGGCUGUGGAUAAAUCACAGUCUGAGUUACAAUUUUUCUGAGUUUCAGCUAAAUUUAAAAAUAGUAUUUUUUCAUAUAUAUAUGUAUAAACAAUAUACUAGCUGUUUUAUAUCUGUAAUAUUGUAUGUUACACUGAGCUGUUCUUUUCAGAAGCUUCAAAAGCUUGUUUUUCUAUAAGCAAGGUAUUUUUCUUUGUUUUUAAAUGAGCAAUGACAGAAAUCACUGCAUGUACAAAUGUCAAGGAGAAGGGUAAUAAUUUAUUUUCUUGGAGUUUAUACUUAUUUUGCAUAGUUUUCAAUAUUCUGUAUGUAUGAGAUAUCAAGAGUAUGGAGUAUUUGUUCCACUUACGUAAGUAUGAUGAGUUUAGUUUCUGAACAUCAGAUAUACCAAAGAACAAACUUGACAGAAUUUCAGAUGUAAAGCCAAAUUCAAGUACUGCAGCUCUGAGGUUCACAGUCAUCUUCUAAUGAUGAUAAUUAAUUCACAUACCUUCCUCUCUUGGAUUUAAUAUAAUUUCAGUUUACAAAAAAAAAUAUCUUUUGUGAGGUAUGAAUAACUGAAUAAAGUUGUUAUGGUUUUUAUUUAUGUUUUCUUUACUUCCUUCCUACAAAGCCACCACUAUGGCUGCUGCAGUGAACUUGGAGCUUGAUCCAAUUUUUCUGAAAGCUCUGGGCUUCUUGCAUUCAAAGAGUAAGGACUCUGCUGAAAAGCUGAAAGCACUUCUUGAUGAGUCUUUGGCCAGAGGAACUGACUCAAGUUAUCGUCCGUCUCAGAAGGAAAUAGAACAACCAAAAGUAUCUGUUACCAAGCCUAUUUCCAGUAAACAAGAACCUAAGGCUUCUUCUAGUUUGCCUUCUGGCAACAACAACGGCAAGUCCACUGUGUCAGAAAAGGUGAAAAAAGAAACAGAAAAGAGAACUGCUGAUAAAAUAAAAGGGGAUACUGCUGAAGGAGCUGAUGCACCAAAGAAACCUAGACUAGAGAAGCAGGAGGCUCGUUCCUCCCCUAUUACAGUACAGACAAGCAAGGAUUUAUCCAUGCCUGACUUAUCCAGCUUUGAGGAAACCAGUGCUGAUGACUUUGCUAUGGAAAUGGGAUUAGCCUGUGUUGUUUGCAGGCAAAUGACAGUUAUUUCUGGGAAUCAGCUAGUGGAGUGUCAGGAGUGCCAUAAUCUCUACCACCAAGAUUGCCAUAAACCUCAGGUGACAGACAAGGAAGUGAAUGAUCCUCGACUUGUAUGGUAUUGUGCCCGCUGUACCAGGCAGAUGAAGAGAAUGACUCAGAAGACACAAAAACCACCUCAGAAACCAGCUCCUGCAGUGGUUUCAGUUGCACCAACUGUGAAGGAUCCAUUAGUCAAGAAGCCAGAAAUUAAAUUAAAACCUGAGACCCCACCAACUUUUCUAUUCAAGAGAACAGAGGUCAAGACCUCUGCAGCAAUUUCAGGGAACUCAGCCAGUACAAGUGUUUCCUCUUCAGCAACCAGUGGCCUUACAGGAUGGGCUGCUUUUGCAGCCAAAACCUCCUCUGCCAGUCCGUCAACUGCCAAACUGGGAUCAACAGCACAGAGCACCAGUGGGAAACCUGCAGCUUCUUCAAAUAACCAGAAACCUGUGGGUUUGUCAGGGUUGGCAACUUCCAAAACAGGACUAGGGUCAAAAAUAGCUUCUGCCAACAACAGCACUAGCCCUGUUCAGCUGAAACCUCCCCCUCCUCUAACACUGGGGAAAACCUCUCUUAGCCGCUCAGUAAGCAGUGACAAUGUCAGCAAAGUCGGUCUCCCGAGUCCCAGCAGUACCACACCGAGCACCAGCAGCCAGGUGAGCAGUGGGAACGGCAACAGUGGGUCUGCAGGUAACAGUGGGGGCAGCGCCAGCAAAACCACGGCAGAUGCUGGUAAUCAGUCAGCCUCCCUAAAAGGCCCGACUUCUCAGGAAUCUCAGCUCAAUGCUAUGAAAAGGUUACAAAUGGUCAAGAAGAAGGCUGCUCAAAAGAAACUCAAGAAGUAGUAUGGGUGCUGGUUAAUUUUGUUGGUUGUGUUCUGUGAAGCAGCAGUGUUGGUGUUUUUCUUAAAGAAAAUUCCCUGGUUACUGGACUGAAACAGUAGUUAAAUCAGGGAAGCCCAAUAUCUGUUAUACAGGAGGUCGAACUUUGAUAAUCCUAGUAUUCCUUCUGACUUUGCAAAUCUAUGAAUUGAAUAUGUUGGAGGAAUUUGCUAUUAUAUGCUCCUGUUUUUAGCAAAAAGCACUGAAACUUGAAAUUGUAAGAGUUGGGUAUUUUGGAGUAUUAAAAAAAUGAAAGAUUUAUGUGGACACUUAAUAAAUUGAACUUACUGAAACUGUCAUUCAUAAACUUUAUUAAUAAAAAUAUUAUUAAUCUGGGUAAUCA